AUGGGUGUUAACGAUGAUCACGACGAACAAGAACUAGAGGCACUCGACACACUUUCCCUCGCAGAUUUCCCCCUAACAGAUGAUGGCGAUUCAGGUUUUCAAAAUCAUCUUCCUCCCAAUACUCCUUCCGAAGAUUUCUUUGAGUUUUUUAAUGGCGGAUUAGGUCAUUACUCAGAAGAACACAGGAUGUCUCAUGCAGAAGACAUCAUCUUCGCCGGAAAACUCAUACCCAUCAACGACCAACCACCACCACCACCACCACCAAGAAUGCAAAAUCAAACUCGUAAACAAAAACAAAUCCAUCGCCGGCGGUCUGAGUCAAUGCGCGAGUUAAAGAGCACCACCAACAACCCGACAGCCACUCGACUCGUUAGAAACAGCCACUCUUUGGAUUACAAGAAGUUGAACAGGAACUCAAGAUACAAUUAUUGUGAACCAACGGCGGAGAUCCACCGUAACAGUUUAGGUAAUAAAUUUUCUUCUUCUUCUUCUCGGUGGUCUGAUCUUAUGUUUGGGCCAGUGAAAGUGCCGACGGAGAUGGAUCUCCGGGACAUUAGAAACCGGCAGAUUAUCCAGAAUACUACCAAAUCAUUGUUCCCUAUUGUGGAGGGCGGUGAUGGGUUUGCUGUUAGCCGGAUUGGUGAUCACCGGAAAACUUCAUGGGGAGUACUUGGAAUCCUGAGUUGCAAAAGUUCCGGCAGUGUUGCCGUGACGAUGCCGUAA